AUUGACAUUCACACAUACAAACAAACAAAUGCCUACAUACAGAGUCUUCUCAAUAUUACAUUAGUUCUUGAAUUGUGAAUUUGUGAUGUAGGAACAUUGGAAUUUUCUGCUCUAUUGAGGCCCCAGCUUUGAAAUAAUUGACAUUUCCUAUGUCCUUUAGCCUACACCUUAUCCUUAAAGAAUCUGCUCUAGAACUUAUGUGUAAUGUGUCAUGUUUUGUUACUGGUAUUCAAACAGUAAUGUGUAUAACCAAGAACAAGACAAACAAAAAAGAACUCAACUUUUGAAGCAUUGAAAUGCCAAUUUUAGCCAGCAACAGUUUCUUACCGUACCCAGAAGUUAGGAAAUGGAAUGAGAUAAUCAAGAAAAAAAUGGACAUGGGUGAUGCAGAACAAGCUAUUUUAACCUACUUGAAAAUUCAAGAACUUGGUUUUUUUGCUGAUAAUUAUACAUUUCCUGUUUUACUCAAAGCUGCUUGGAGAAUUGGUUCAUCUCCAAUUGGGUUUGCUCUUCAUGGACAAACUAUAAAGAUGGGUUUUAAUGAUCAUGUGUUUGUUCAAACUGCUCUGGUUAAUAUGUAUGGAAAUCUUCAUUGCGUUGGUGAAGCUUUUAAAGUGUUCGACGUAAUGCCUGUGAGAGAUUUGGUCACUUGGAAUUCUAUGUUGGAUGCGUAUGCUUCGAAUUCUGAAAUGGAUUGUGCUGCAAAUAUGUUUGAUGUAAUGCCUUUAAAGGACCUUUCGUCUUUCAAUAUUAUGAUUUCGGGGUAUUCAAGUAGUGGAGAUGCAUUGCUGGCUAGGGGUAUAUUUGAUCAGAUGGUAGCUAGGGAUAUUGUUUCUUGGAACUCGAUGAUUUCAGCAUAUGUUAAAGCUGGAGAUAUAGAGAAGGGACUUGAACUUUUCGGAGAAAUGUCGAUGAAGAAUACUAUUACAUGGAACACAAUUAUAACAGGAUGUUUACAAAGUGAACUUUUCGGUAUGGUUAUUGAUUUGUUUGAAGAAAUGAAGAACACAAACUGUAUACCUGAUUAUUUAACUGUGACUAUUGUUUUAUCUGCAUGUGCACGUUUAGGAUCGUUGAAAACAGGAACUAAAAUCCAUAAAUACGCUAUUGACAACGCGCUGGUAUCAAGUGCGCAUGUGACAACAGCUUUGAUAGACAUGUAUGCUAAAUGUGGAAGCAUAGAGCAGGCUUUACAGGUAUUUUAUAAAUCCCAAGAUAAAGAUAUUUAUUGCUGGAAUGCUAUAAUCUCUGCACUUGCACUUCAUGGUUAUGGCUAUGCUGCUCUUAAAAUCUUUAGCAAAAUGAGAAACAGUCAUAUAAGAAUACAACCUGAUGAUAUUACAUUCAUUGGCCUACUUAAUGCUUGUAGCCAUUCAGGUUUGGUGCAAAAGGGCUGUCAAUUGUUUGAUUCCAUGCAAAAAGAAUUUGGAUUGUCACCCAAAUUAGAGCAUUAUGGUUGCAUAGUUGAUCUGCUUGGUAGAAGUGGUCACCUUGAUCAUGCAUUUCAGAUUGUUGAGGCUAUGCCAUUUGAACCCGGAGAAUCCGUCCUGGGUGCUCUGCUUAGUGCCUGUAUAGUUCAUCAGAAUCUUACAAUUGGAGAGAAGGUGGUAAAGCUUGUUUCUUGUAGAGGUUCAUAUGUUAGUGAUGGUGAGUUGAUGAUGUUUUCUAAUUUGUAUGCAUCAUGUGGUAAUUGGGAAGAAGCAAAGAGAUGGAGAGAAAUGAUGAACAGUACAGGCAUUGUUAAAACUGCUGGAUAUAGUUUCAUUGAAGUGAGUGGAAAGUUUCAGAAGUUCUUGGCUGGAGAAAUGAGCAAAAGUGAUUCAGCUGCCACACUGUAACAUUUAGCUGCAUAUGCUUGGCCUUAUAAGCCAUUUCAUGGUGGGUUGGUGCCCGUAUAUUCCACGGAAAAUUCUGAUGUGAAUCUAGUUCAUCGCAUAAGAUUUAGAUUUUUUCAUUCAUACUAUGGCAUGUGGUGUAAUGUAAUGUUGGUGGCUUUUUAAGAAAGUUUAUUUUAGAGACGGAUUUAAGCAUUGGUGAUUCUCGAUGGACAAAUCGGGAAUCCACCGCUAAAUAGUAGCGCCUUUUUAGUGCCACUUUUACCGACAUGAUUUAGCGUCACGCCGGCAGAGGAUUCCGUCAAUAAUACCAUUGCUCAAUUAUUGGCAGUACAUUUCCAGCCAACUGUUCCGACGGUUUUUGGCGACGUUUUAUUUUGGUCGGCAAGAUUCUGUUUGCAAAUCCGUCCCAUCAUUUACCGACAGAUUUGAUAUGGUCUCCAAUUCUACUUAUGUGGCAGUUUGGUGAGAAAGAUUUCAUCAAGACUAAACAUACCACUCUGUAGAGCUAGCCUGACAACCUGGCAAAUGCCAAGCCACAUAUAAUAUUUAUUAUUUAGUUGGUCAAUUAAUUAAUAUUAUUAUGUAGAUAUGCAAUUGAUUUAGUGGUAAUUACUUAUCAUUUUCUUGA